UCUACCACGUCAUUACUUUGCUCAAACCACCCUUCUGCGGACCGUACCUUUCAUUUACCGCCUAACGCCUUUAUAUAUAAACGCAGACCCAAUUCCGUUAUUCCACCAAUUCACCACCAAUGGCUACGGGAUUGCUACGACGAGCGAUAACUAGGGUUCCAGCGAGACCUCUGGCAACGAGAAUGAUACUAAACCGCGCUUAUGCAUCCGCGGCGGAUCCCGAGUCCAAACACGACAGCAACCUGAAGACCUUCCAAAUCUACCGCUGGAGCCCAGACAAUCAGGAUAAACCCAAGCUGAAGGAGUACAAAAUUGAUCUUAAGGAAUGUGGACCCAUGGUAUUGGACGCCUUAAUCAAGAUCAAGAACGAGAUUGAUCCAACUCUGACCUUCCGCCGCUCCUGCCGUGAGGGUAUAUGCGGAUCGUGCGCGAUGAACAUUGAUGGAGGGAAUGGACUGGCUUGUCUGACAAAAAUCUCGUCGGGAUCAUCCUCCAUGAUUAAUCCCUUGCCGCACAUGUUUGUUAUUAAGGAUCUUGUGGUUGAUAUGACAAAUUUUUACAACCAGUAUAAGUCGAUUGAGCCGUGGCUGAAGAGGAAGAACCCACCGCAGACUCCGGGGAAGGAGAUUUUGCAGAGCAAGGAGGACAGGAAGAAGCUUGAUGGUAUGUAUGAGUGCAUUAUGUGUGCCUGCUGCAGCACGUCAUGUCCGAGCUACUGGUGGAACCCCGAGUCCUACCUCGGUCCGGCUUCCCUCCUUCAUGCCAACCGAUGGAUAAUGGACAGUCGUGAUGAAUAUACAGAGGAGCGCCUUGAAGCAAUAAAUGAUGAGUUCAAGCUAUAUCGCUGCCACACAAUUCUGAAUUGUGCUAAAGCUUGCCCAAAGGGACUGAAUCCCGGGAAGCAAAUCCAGAAUAUCAAGAAACUCGAGAUGACUACUCCUUGAGUUCCUGGGAAACAUAUGAUGUACAUAUAUCUUUCUUCACAAUUAUGUUGAAGGGCCGGUUGAGUUUCACGGGGAAAUAAUGUAUGCACUUGAUGUAAUUUUAUAAGUCUUUCAUAUCCGUCGUGUACCUUAGUUUAAGGUCAUUGUUCUAAAAAUAACAUUUCAAGAGCUAUCGCGUAUAAAUACUUCACUUAUUAGCGAUUCAUCGAUGUAAUUUCAGUUGGAUUGUUUGUUAGUUUCUUUUGGUAUAAUUCAGUGAAAACAUUCUCUGCUUAUUUGACA